AUGGAUGCAGAUGCAUUGACAAAAGCGUUUGUUGAACACUACUACACGACGUUCGACAACGACGGCGCCGGACUGGUGAACCUCUACCAGCAGGACAGCUCCAUGCUCAGCUUCGAAGGCCAGAAGAUCCAGGGCGCCAAGAACAUCGCUACCAAGCUCACCUCUCUCCCUUUCAACCAGUGCGUUUACUCCAUCACCACCGUUGACUGCCAACCCUCCUCCGCCCCCAACGGCAUGCUUGUCCUCGUCAGCGGCAACGUCCAGCUCGCCGGCCAGCAACACGCUCUCAAGUUCAGCCAAAUGUUCCAUUUGUUACCAACACCACAGGGAAGCUGCUAUGUUUCGAACGAUAUAUUCCGGUUGAACUAUGGUUGA